AUGGCCAAACAGGAACAAAUUGACGCUCUUGCUUACUACACUAACAAUCAAAUCAAACGCAGCUCGACUCCACAAAUGGGGCCUCCUUCGACGUUAACUAACAAUCCUGGCAUGCCAUUCAGUGUCACAGAUAUUCUUCAACCAUCCGAUAUCGAUGCUUCAGCAUCCUAUAAACGUUCAAUCGAAAUGGCACAAGUCUUAGCUGCUGCUUCAUCAUCAUCAUCGUCGUCCGUUUAUUCGUCAAGUCAUCCAACACCAACUAAUCUUUCUAGUUCAACAUUUGGACCAUCAUCAUUACACAAUGGUUAUUAUGGUUCAUCAUCAACAGCAGCUUUCCCAUCGAACAAUCAAUAUUAUGAUUAUAGUAGUUCGUUUCAAAAUAGUGCAAAUUCAUCUGCACAAUAUUCGCCGAGUUCAUGUUGGUAUGGACCAGCAGCAAUGUCUCGAUAUUUAGCUGGAUCAUCAUCAGCUGUUGAUAGCGCAGCGUUAGCUGCGAGUGUCUAUGGACAUCAUCAAGAUCAAAUGAUGAAAUCAUCUUAUGCACAAUUUCCAUUUGUAUCACAAAAACGUAAACGCCGUAUUUUAUUUAAUCAAGGACAAAUCUAUGAAUUGGAACGACGUUUUAAACAGAAAAAAUAUUUAAGUGCACCAGAACGUGAAAAUCUUGCAAAUAUUCUUCAAUUGACACCUACACAAGUUAAAAUUUGGUUUCAAAAUCAUCGAUACAAAACAAAAAAACAAGCUAAAGAACGUGAAAAACUCGAUGCAAAACAAUAUCGAAAAGAACAUUAUCAACAACAACAACAACAAACAUUUAGAUAG